AUGCGCGACUCGUACUGGGCACUGCUUGCGGACCAAAGAAAGACGCGAAAGCUUGAAAUCACGUGCGACAUGGAAAUCGAUGCAGCUGGCUCUGCACCUACGCAGGACGAGUCGCUUAUGCAAACACACGGAAAAGCGACUGCGGUGCGGUCAAUCGAGGGCUGGAUUAUCAUUGUCACCAACGUCCACGAGGAAGCAGAUGAAGAGACAAUCCAGGACACUUUUGGCGAGUUCGGCGAGGUGAAAAACUUGCAUCUGAACUUGGAUCGUCGAAGCGGCUACGUCAAGGGUUAUGCUCUGAUCGAGUACGCUACUUUGGAGGAGGCGAGAGCCGCCGUCGACGGCGCGCACGACACAAAAAUGCUCGACCAGACAAUACAUGUGGACUUUGCCUUUGUGCGACCACCGCCCGGCAAGGGAGGACGUGGAGGAAGAGGUGCUGGCCGCCGACCAGGACGCAGCCGAAGCCGAAGCAGGAGCCCUGGCCACAACAAAGAUGCGGAUGGUGACGUGAAUGUCGAGCAAUGA